GUAGGGUCUGAUGCGACUGUUUGCUUUGUUACAAUAAGUGAUUCGUCGCCGACAGCUAAGCUGAAAAACUUUCGAGUAUGCCCUGCCGGUACCACAGUGGGUGAGGUCAAGUUCUGUUGGGAAGUAAGCUCACCCGUAACCGCAGUGGACGUCUUUUACCGAGAGCUUACUACUGGGAGAACCUGCAUCCUACCGUACGAUUCAGCAGAGCGUGGCAGGAGAACAAGACAAGUUCCGGCUUCUCCAUUGAGUACAGCUUCAGUGACAAUAGUAGGAACUAAAGUUCAGGCCUGGUUGUCCACGUCAAGGGUUGAGCGUGUCCCACCCAUAGUUGCUGGUGCUGUUAAAGUAGAACAAUCAGAUAUACAGCUGAAAAAUAUUGUAAAAGAAGGCAAAACUAUACAAAUAUCUUUAGUGGACGCAUUGUGGAAUCCGUUUAACACCCCGAAGAUUGUAGCGGUGUUGCACGAUGGUUGCGGUGCUUGUGUGGGAUUGGUGCAACCUCAAUGCAGUGGUUGUCGCAC